CACGCGUCGGGACCGGCGCGGGAGCCGUCGCCGCCGCCGACCGGCGCCGACGACCCGGGCCGUGAGGACAAGGUGUCACUCGACAGCGGUCUCAACAGCUCGUCGCCGACGGACAACAGCCACCAGUCGCUGGUGCGCGAGCCGGCGGCCGACCUGCGCACCCUCUGGCCGGACGCUGCCCCCGCCGCCGGCCCGGCCAGUAUCCAGCGCUGGCCGUCGAGCCAGUUCGGGCCGCGGGGCGGACAGGGCGCGCCGGGCGAGUACCCGGCCGGCGGCGUCAGGACCGGGGAGUACGGCGGCGGCCCGGCCGGCCAGCCGGUGCAGACGCAUACCAAGGAGUACCAUCGCGUUGGCCAGCCGCAGGGCGCCGAGCACAAGGGCAGUCUCGCCCUGAGCAGGGAGCGACAGCACGGCCAGGUUCGACACGGCGAGCAGCACGGCUGGCAGGACCAGGCGGCGGAGCAGCAGAAGGCGUGGACGUGCAACAGCGAGAUACGCCAGACAGGUGCCAAGGAAUAUCAGAUCAGCCAGCCGAAGGCCGGUGGAUAUCAAGAUUAUCACAUUCGAGCUGGCGAGCAUCAUGGCGGCCACUCGCGGUCCAGGGAGCAUUUCGCCCACCACUCGCGGGGCACCGAGCGGCCUGCCAGCCGCGGGCAGCCACGAGGCGACUACCAGGACAUUAGACAGCCCGCAGCGGUCAGCUCGACCAACCCGCACCGAACCGCGGCCCAGGAGACCGUGCACGCCCAUCAGCAAAGCUGGGCGCCGCCCCUCGGCGACGAGCCGCGGCUGCGCUCCAUGCAGCCCAGCCACCCCGGGUACGGCCUAGAUCGGUCGGCCGCGACCGGCGCCAGUGGACCGCGUGCGCCACACUCAGCGCAGGAAUGGCAGCCGCGCCCGCCGCCGCCGCCAGAGACUCAUCAGCGGCAUGCACCGGCGGGGAGGGGCUACAGCGACCGGCAUGGGCCUGCAGACGCGCGGCACGGUCCCCCGCUGUCCGGCGACCGCCAGCAGGCACUUCGUCCCGGCGAUCAGCAGCCAAACCGUCGCCUCUACGGACAGGAGCAGGGAUUUAGACCACCGAGCGAGCAGCAACAGCAGUUUCACGCAGCCGAGCAGCAGCAGAAAUUUCGCCCCAGUGAAGCAGAGCAAGGAUUUCACCCCGAUGAGCCAGAGCAGAGGUUUUUCCUCGGCGAACAACAGCAGUGGGUUUUUCGUCAUGGCCAGCAGCAGCAUGUGUUUCGACCUGGUGAACAGCAGCAUGGAUUUCGCCCCAACGAGCAUAAGACAGACUACCCUCCCAGCGAGCCACAGCAGGGGUUUCGACCACCGUCCGGAGGGCAAGGGUUUCGUGUACCGACGGACGAGCACAGGCCGGGGUUCGGCGCGGCCGGCGGCGACCAGCAGUCUCUCUUCCACACCCCGGCUGGUAGAGCGCAGUCUGAGGUCCAGCCCGGCCUGCACGAUCCUCGGGCCGGUCGCGUGCCGCUCGCCCACGAACACCCGGCGCUCCACGCCUCCGACUUGGCCGGCGUGCCCCAGCCUACCGGCGGACCGCCCCGCUCAGGCGGACCCGACGGGCGUCAUAUGGCCGGCGCCCCUCAGGACGUUAACGGUUCCCAGCGGCCAGGCCGGCCGCACGAGUACAUGAACGUGACUCCGAUGGACGGCGGUCAAGCGCGUGUGAGCCAGCUCGAAUGCGUCGAGGCCGGCUCUGCUGACCUGCACAGCAGCGGGGACGAGCCGCAGGAGCUGUCAGAGGCCGACGAGAGGAUACAACGGUUCUACGGCAUCAUUCCCAAAGAAAAGACACUAGAAAUUAAAGCUGUUCGUAUCGUCAAACGAGAAUCUCAGCUGCGUCAAAAGGACAAAACGCGUCGUCCCAUGGACGAAACCGACCUGACAUCUGUCGGCGAAAGUGAUAGCCUAGAGUGCGAGACCGAAUCACCAGACAACAUCAUCGAGAGCGACGCCGUGCUCUCGCAGUUCCGGCGCGCUCUGUCCCUGCCCCGAGGAUAUGACCGCAGGUCGAAAACUCAGUCAGACGCCAUCAGCCGAAUUCCCAACUUCAGGCACCACAUGCUGAAGCGUCUGGUGGACCGGUCUCCUUCGCAUGACCGGCUGACUGCACACGAACGGCUCUUCGGCUCCAACCCGAGCUUGCACGAGCCAGACGCCAAGGGCACCGACCCAGAUCCGGCCGGACCCGGCUCGAAGUCGACCGGAUCCGAUCCGAAGACGGCCGGAUCCGACGGGAAGACGACCAGCCCGGACCCGAAGACGGCCAGUCAGGAUCCGAAGAUAGCUGGUCCGGACGCGAAGGGCCGCGGCGUCGACCUGCCACUCUCGCCCGUCUUCAAGUCGGACGCGGCGCGCCGCAUCGUAGAGGAGUUGCAAGAUCCGGAGCAGUACCGGCGCGCGCGGCCGCGACCCAAACGGCGGCACUUUACCAUCUCCAGCAGCAGACCGGUGGCGCACGAGGCGGCGCCGCCCCAGAAGCUGUACGGCCGCUCGGCGGACGACAUGGAUAUGGACCGGGCGCUAGGCUCAGCCGGCAGCGCACCGGACGUUGUCAAGUCGUCCCUGACGCGCACCGAUCUGCGCUACGACGCCGACACGAUCGACACACUGCUCGGGGCGCCGCAGAAGAUCCACAUCCCCGAGCGCUACGUGCCCGAGCUGGAGGUUGAACCACUGUCUGCCGAGGAGCGUCUCCAGAGGAGCAGGAAGGCCGCCUCCAUCAGGAGGAUGCUGACUCAGAGUUCUGGCUUCCUGGACACUAUCGGCACGGUCAGCACGACCGACCACGGGAGCUCGCCGCGCGGCUCGGUAGUCACCGAGAAGCUGCAGCGGGCGCACAUCCUGCAGCUUAACGAGAUCCUGGCACGCCAGGUCACGGAGAAGAGCAAGCGGGUGGCCGUGGAAGCGCUGGCUACAAUGGAGCGUCCGCGGUUGGUGAAGGACAACGACUCGCCGCCGCCGCCGUUGCCGGUCACCCAGCAGCGAGAGAGCCUUCUCACCUAAUCGCGCGCUGGGACUCAUGUCAAACAAUGCGUGUCGGCCGAAGCGUGGACCGGCUGGAGACCAGCUGCACUGGGCUUCCGCCCGGCGGCUGGACACCAGCUGCGCCAGGUUGCCGCCCGGUAGCUGAACACCAACUGCGCCAGGUUGCCGCCCGGUGGCUGGAUACCAGCUGCGCCAGGUUGCCGCCCGAUGGCUGGACACCAACUGCGCCAGGUUGCCGCCCGGUGGCUGGACACCAGCUGCGCCAGGUUGCCGCCCGGUGGCUGGACACCAACUGUACCAGGCUUUCGCCCGGUGGCUGGAAACCAGCUGCGCCAGGUUGCCGCUCGGUAGCUGGACACCAGCUGCACCAGGCUUCCACCCAGCGGCUGGACACCAGGCUCCCGCCCGUCUGCGUGCAAACGGCACCAGCUUGACAGGUGUCCGGGCAGCUCUGGUAUCUCUGGCCAGCGGACCGCACCCUCGCCCUUGCUUUUUCAUCAUAGGCCUGACGUUUCACCACCGGCUCGCGAGUGCCGGCCUCUCACUUGUUAUGCGGCUCAGCGCUGGAUAAGCUCUUGUUCAGCGCUCAAGCUCAAGCUCUCUUGUGCGCCACGCAGACGAGCGCGCUCUGCAGACGUUGCUGCCGGCAUCCACUGACCCGUGCCCAGCGGCGGCCAUAUUCCUAUCGGCCGCAGCGCUGUGUUGUCCGCUCACUCCGCUGAUAGUGCUCACAUUCCCCGCGGAGGGCGCUCAUGCGCUCGUGUCUGGACUCGCGCGCGCGCGCUGCCGCCGCUGUGAUACGCGUGGAUGCGCGCACCUCCCUGUUGUGUAGAAUCUCGGCGGCCGGCGCGCCGCUGUUCAGGUCUUCUGGUCUAUGCAAGUCUUCCGAGGCGAAGACGGCCUUGUGCUCUCCCUACCCCCGCCGAAGGUUUGUUUGUUUGUUUCACUGUCGGCACAGUUUGUGCUAGGGUCGGCGGCGAUUGGCUCGUCUUAUUUCGCGGAGGGUUUUGUAAUGGCGGGGUGGAUGAUGGGAGUGGUGUUAGAUGUGUUUCACCCAAUCACUGUGUCAAAUUAUUUUGUGCUUGUACAAACUAGAAGGUGUACAGUUAUCGUUAACUGACGGCUUUUGCAGCCAUUUCAGCACAUUCUCAUUGUUUAUGCCAUAUAGCUAUUACCAGCCCUGUUCAAUACAGUAUGUCAGCUAUUA